AGUCUAUGUGUAAAAAUCUUGAGAAGCAGAACUUUGCUCCAAAGGUAUGGCACAGUUUUGACGUAUGGUCCGAAAAGCAAUGAGACAUUUGCCUCAAAGACAUAUUUGUGUAAAAUCAGUGAAAAUUUGUAAUUAGUGGGAAAACGUAUAAAUUAAUACGUAUAUGAAAAAGGAAUAUCGUGGAAUCGGAUGAAUCCAGUGGUGUUGAAGUGUCAUCUCCAUCAAUUGAUGGAGCAAAAAGACAUCCCAUUGCCAAUUAGUACAAUUUUCAUUUGGAUGGAAGUCAGACUGGUUCAUUUAUUUUCGCAACUCACUGUGAAUACAAUCACACGUGAUAUGCUCCCGUGAAUUAAUUCCAUAUUCACGCAGUGUUAUUAGAAAACACACGAAGCAAUAGUUGUCGGAGAUAAAUAAAUACACAGGAAAGGCAAUAGGAAGAAAAAAAAAACUUCAAUUUGUUAUAAAUAAAUGGAACGUAAGAGAUCGGUGAGACGGCGCCAGAGCCAAAAGUUGCCUUUUGCUGAACGCGCGAAGGAUCAUUGCCGGAAGUUUACGGCAUUUAUGUUCAGCAAUGUCGGAAUCAUUUUGCUAGUGGUGCUCUACACAAUUGCUGGUGCCUUCAUGUUCAUAGCAAUUGAGGGUGAUGGUGAUUUGGAGAGAUCUGCCGAAUUAGCGAGACACCGAAAGUCCGUGGCGGCAAAAUUGUGGAAUAUCUCGUGUUGUGAAGCAAACAUUUUCAAUAAGUCAGCAUUUAUAGAGUUAGUUGGUCAGCAAGUUCUGCACCAUCAACAUAAUAUAGUGAGGGCAGCCAAAGGCGGUAUUACCGAGACGACAAAAACUAAAACCAGCAAUAAAUGGACAUUCUCUGGGGCAUUUCUCUACUCAUUGACCGUAAUCACGACAAUUGGAUAUGGUAAUUUAAUUCCACGCACUAAGUGGGGAAAAAUUGCUACUAUUGUAUAUGCAAUAAUUGGAAUGCCACUUUUCCUUCUCUAUCUUUCCAACAUCGGAGACAUUCUCGCCAAGUCAUUUAAGUGGAUUUAUGCUAAAGUGUGUCUCUGCAGAAUUUGUCCCGGUGUGACAAGACGUAGAGCUGCGAGGGAACGUCGAAAAGCUAGAGCUUUGACUAUUGAACGGGAUAAUCUACCAGAGGGUUACUUUAUCGAGGGCGGAGAACUGGAGACCAUAUCAAAUUCCUCCGUUGACAUGAAUGAAUCGAGCGAAGAGGAAGAAAUUGCUACAGAUACGCAGACCGUGAUAGUGCCUUUAACAAUUUGUGUCAUUAUUAUGAUUGGAUAUAUCCUCUUUGGAGCUACACUCUUUGGCCACUGGGAGGACUGGGAUAGCCUAGAGGGGAGCUACUUCUGUUUUAUAUCUCUCAGCAGCAUCGGUUUCGGUGAUAUGGUGCCGGGAUUUAAGAUAACUGGCUUCGAAGGAACUGGCGUGGAGUUGAGCUUUAUCCUCUGUGCAAUUUAUUUGCUGCUUGGAAUGGCACUAAUUGCAAUGUGUUUCAAUUUGAUGCAGGAACAAGUAAUUCACAAGAUGAGGGCAUUCAGGCGAUGUAUACGACGGUGCUUCCACUGCGACAGGUGAUGAUGUAUACAGUCAAGGACAACAGGGAACUCCUGAUUCAUCAAUAAACAAUCCAGAAUGAACCGUGAAAGAGGUUCAUGUGUUCGUGACGUAUUUCAUACAACCAGGUCGUGAGGACAAUUUAGUCCCAUUAAGCCCCUUUUCAUCGUCACCACAAAUACUCCAUGGUGCAUUCUGCUUUUGAGUCUUCGCGUAUAUAGGACUACCAUGGAGAACAGCACUGCCAAGAUUCAUUAGCUGGUCGUUUUUUUUAUAUCUUCUAUUUAUUCACUCUGGCAUAGUGGGGGUAAAAAAAUGCGACACAGAAUGCCCAUCCUUGCUAAGAAUGUUCUGAGUUCAGGGAUAAAAAAAAUUAAAAUCAAUUUUAAUUAAAAUCAGACCCAGAGUGUAAGUAACAUUCCAUUAAUAAAGACCAUUUGAAUU